AUGAGCCUAACUUCACGCCUAUCGAACUGGUUCUUUUCAGACAGCUCUGUCGGAAAUACUGCCAUCGAGGCCCAGCGCAAUGCCUACUCGGAACCGGACUUUGAUCUCGACGGCGCACGACAGAAUAAGCGGCUGCGAACAAUGGAGAGAUUGGAGAAGGAGGAAGCCGAUCUGGAGCUGAAGAGACCCCCCUACACCCACUCGAUGCUUGCCGGUGGAAUAGGCGGCACGAGCGGCGAUAUUCUCAUGCAUUCACUGGACACCGUGAAGACAAGACAACAAGGAGAUCCUCAUUUCCCACCGAAAUAUACCUCAUUGUCCGAUUCCUACGUCAAGAUAUUCCGGCAAGAGGGGGUGAGAAGAGGGCUGUAUGGAGGCUUUACAGCGGCCAUGUUGGGGUCUUUCCCCGGCACGGUUAUAUUUUUUGGGUCAUAUGAAUACUGCAAGCGACAUAUGCUAGAUCGUGGGAUUAAUCCAUCCAUAUCAUAUCUCGCAAGUGGUUUUCUCGCCGACCUUGCGGCAUCCAUUGUGUACGUUCCAUCCGAGGUGCUGAAGACUCGAUUGCAGCUGCAAGGUCGCUAUAACAACCCUUUUUUCAAUUCUGGAUACAACUACAAGUCAACGUGGGAUGCAGCCCGGACAAUCGCUAGGAGAGAAGGGUUUGGAGCGUUGUAUUCCGGAUACAAAGCCACCAUCGUCCGGGACCUUCCGUUCUCAGCACUGCAGUUUGCAUUUUACGAGGAAGAACGCAGAUUUGCUCAGAGUUUCAUGGAUACUCAAGACAUUGGACUCAGCCUGGAAAUCUUCACUGCAGCCUCGGCGGGUGGCGCGGCAGGAGUCAUAACCUGCCCACUUGAUGUUGUGAAAACGAGGACUCAAACUCAGAUCAAUCCCAACGGCGCGAAAAACAGCCAGACUUCACAUCUGGAGAAGACAGUCAAGAGCAGCCAGAAAUCGUGCGCCAACAAGCAGACGCAGACAAGAUUGAUCCAUUCGGGACCUCGAACGGUGCCUCAUUCUACUCCCACACUCGACACCUCGUCUGUGAUAGAAGGGCUGCGCAUGAUCUACAAAACCGAGGGUGUUGCGGGCAUGUUUCGUGGGGUAGGACCCAGAUUUGUUUGGACGAGUGUACAGAGCGGAACGAUGCUUGUCCUGUACCAGUACUUAUUGAAGCAAAUGGAGCGGUUUCAGUCUCAAGAAGGAGCAGGAGUGAUCUGA